ACUGGAGGGUCGAACCCAACCAGUCAUAAUCGGUGAAUCGGAAGUACGUUCCUCUUUUUUUGUUCCACACACAGUUUUUUAGAUUCGACAACAAGUUUUUCCCAAGUUUUAGGAAAUUCACUCCAAAAAAAAAACAAUCAUGAAACUUGUUUUCAUUUUCGCUGUUUUAUUCGUCGCCGCUGUCUUUGCCGCUGAUGAAAAACAAGAAGAGGGACGUCCUCGAGUUUAUAAGCGAGUAAUUCCCGCUGAUGUUCUUCGUGAUUUCCCUGAAAUGUGUUUUGCAUCGACGAAAUGUGCAACAAUUGAACCAACAAAAUCAUGGGAUCUCUCUCCAUUCUGCGGACGUUCCACUUGCAUCACUGCUGAAGAUAACUUAGGACGUUUAUUCGAAUUGGUAGAAGAUUGUGGACCAUUGCCAAAACCAAAUCCCAAAUGCAAGAUCUCUGAGAAAACAAAUAAGACCGCAAGUUUUCCAGAUUGCUGUCCAAUUUUCGAUUGCGAACCAGGUGCGAAACUUGAAUAUCCAGAAAUUCGAUCCAUUCCACCUCCAUCCGAAGAACAAGACGGUAAUCCAGCACCAGCACCAGCACAAGCACCAAAGGCAUAAGAUAUACACUUAAAGAAAAAGAGAAAACAAAAAAAUUUCUUCGCUUCUUCUUCAUCACUGUGAUUCUUAUUAAAAAAAAAUUCGAUUCAAUCCAAAGACAUUCCAGUAAAUUUGCAAUUAAUUUUUUUGCAAAUCCAUUUCAUCAGCAGACGAUAUCAUUUUUUUUUGUCUCGUUAGCCUGAAAAAUAAGACAAACGGAAUUAGAAAACAAAGGAUACUUUUUUACAUAUCGAUUCUAGGAAGAAAAUUAUUGAAAAUAAAAAAAAACAAAUGUACAUAUUUUGCUCUUCCGCAAUAAUACAAAGCUCCCAAUUUUAUUUACGGAACCAGAAAAAAAAGUAAAUUCUACAAAAUCGAGCCCUAGUCGCGGAUAAGAAGCAAAACAAAAAUUUCUAUCCCCUUUUAAAUAAAUUCAUAUUUUUUCAUCUCGAUUUUGCCUUCUUUAACAAUAGACAAAAAUUUAAAGUUCGCAAAACCGCUACAAUAAAACAAUAAAAAUAAAAAUGUGAUUCUAAUUGUAUAUGUGAUUAAAUUAAAAUAAUUUUAAGAAAAUA